AUUUGUUGCUUGAGAGUUUCCAGUAGCUUUCUCUUUUAGAUUCACAGCUCUGGAGAAAGUCACGGAGGACUCUUUCUUGCGCCAUGGCUGUUUUACAUGCUGUAUCUGCCGUGCUCCAUAAUUUCAGUGCUUCAAAGAUGUGAUUUGCACCGUAUGAUUGUUUGCUAGAUGCAAUGAAACUCUCUAGAACCCCAAGAACCAGUCUUGGUCCUCCUGUUGCGUCUCCAUCUCUCUUCAGAGUUGACAGAAACAAGAGUUUUUGGAGCAGAGAAGAGUUGUAUUGGAGAAAUACUCGCGCAGGCUAUAUGCACACCCUGUUAUUAGGAACAGUGAAGAGUGGAAAGUGUUUCUUCAGGUGCAAGGGAAGUUGCCACUACCAAUGGGCACUAAUGUGGCCUCUAGGAUGUUGGAUGGCGUGGUGAAGCUUCCGAAACAGUUGUUUGGUGACGGCAGAGCCUCUGCCGUGCCAGUGCAUGAGGUAGUUCAGCCUGCCAGAGGAGGUAGGGAUAUGCUGAGAUUAUUCAAGGAGCUGAUAAACCACCAGUUGUAAAAGAAGAUAAAGAAUUUUUUGGAAAAGAUGGAGAAGAUGCAUGAUGUUGAGCAACAAAUAUCAAUGCCUCACAACAGGUAAAAUUUCAUCCUUGUUACUUGAAUUAUGCAUCAUUCUGUUAGUACAUACUAGUAUACUGCUAGGAACAAACCUUUUUGCGGAUUCUUCUGUAGACAGAAUCCCGUGAAGGCACAGCAAGACAUGAACUAGGAUUAGCAUUUUUAUUAAGCUGACUAAGUUGGAGAACGAAGAAGCUGUUUCCAACGCCCAAAGAACUCGUGCUAAUGAAAUCAAGAAUUUAGCCACUGCGGCUGUAAAAGCAAGCAGAUUUUAUAGAGUUGAAUUCCCAGACUGUCAAACAUUUGGACAGACUCCAUGAGUACCUUGACAUGAUGAUGGCUGUCCAAGGCGCAUUUGCAGAGGGUGCAUCAUCAAAGGUAUUUGGUGGUGACAAAUCAAGGAUCUGAGGAAGCAAAAACCGUUGCCAUCACAGAGUAUGAGCGGGUCAAGAAAAACAACUGAUCUGGGGUUGAGAGGUUGGACAGAAAAAGGCGUGCAGACUUCAGGAACAUGAAGGGUUUUGUUGUUAACCAGAAAGUUAGUAAACUUCAAAGAUCAUGGACAAAAAGGAGAAAACAGGUCUACUUGAUAGAAUCUUUUCUUGGUCUAUCAAAGAUAUUCUCAACAAAGAUCUCUACAAGCAAAAGAUAAAGACAAUACCAGACAGGUUUAGUUCCACUGAUGAAUACUUCAAGUGUUUUGUUCCUCACCUACUUGAGGAAAUGAGAACCGCGUUAUGCUCAAGCUUCAAAUCUAUAUCGAAAGCUCCUCUCUUUAAAAUAAGUUCCUUGGAGAAAAGUACACAUGAAUCCAGUGGAAGCUGCAACAAUUUUCUACACACUCUAAAACUAAUGGAUGGAGAGAAUGAUGCAAAGUACCAGCCACAUUGUGGAGAUCUCAUUGCUCUCACGAAAACAAAACCAAGAAGUUUCCGUGACUUGAACCCGUUGCUUCUUGCCUAUGUUUCUGUGGAUAAUCAUCCCAAAAUCUGGGACGAAAAAAGAGAAAGGCAUCCAAAUAUCUCUGUUAUUUUGUCUAGAUUAAUGUCCCAUGAUGAGAAAGUUUCACUUGGUUUCGGUGUUUUCCUCAUGAAUUCAACUACAAACAAUCGUAUAUGGAAUGCUUUGCACCAUGAAGCUCCCAACUUUGAUUUCAUCCAGAGUAUUCUUCAGCCAAAUACAGCGGGUAUCAAACAAACUGUUUCGUCUAGGAAUUUGGGACAAAAUGUUUUGGAUAUAAUCCGUUCAACGAACUUGAACUCUUCCCAAAAAUCUGCAAUCUUGAGCUGCCUUGAGACUAGAAACAGUAAACAUAAGAACAGUGUGAAACUGAUAUGGGGACCUCCUGGAACAGGCAAAACAAAGAUGGUUUCGACUCUUCUCUCUGCCCUUCUCAAACUACGGUGCAAAACAGUUGUGUGUGCUCCUACAAACACAGCUGUUGUAGAAGUAACAUCGAGGCUAUUGGCUUUAUCGAAGACUUCUUCAGAACAUGCUAGUUAUGGAUUGGGGAAUAUUGUUUUAGCUGGUAACCACAACAGAAUGGGGAUCAAAAAUGAUGAUGAUCUUCGCAAUGUGUUUCUUGAUCAUCGCAUCAGUAGUUUUCAGAAACUGUUUUUGUCACCUUAUGGAUGGAAGCAGAGAUUUGAGUCAGUGAUACAUUUUCUUGAAAACACAGAGGCCGAGUUCAAGGAAUAUGUACGCGGAUUAAAAAAGAAGGAGAAGAAGAAGGAAAAAGUUGAAAAGAAGAAGGAAGAACUUGAAAACAUGAAGGAAGAAUCUGAAAAGAAGAAGGAAGAAGUUGUAAACAUUCCAACAUUUGGAGAGUUUGUAAAGAAGAAGUUUAAUGGCUUAAGUGAAGGAUUGGAGAAAGAUAUGGUUGAUUUGUGCACCCAUCUGCCUAAGUCUUUGAUCUCGUCUAAUGAUGUGAAGAAAAUGAUAGAAGCUCGCCAAGCUCUUCACCGUGUUAGAUAUUUCUUGCAAGAGAAUUCUUCUACGUUUGAUUCCAAGAAGGGAAGUUUCAAAAGAAUCAUCAGUGUUGAUUGCAUUCAAGCUUUAAGUUUGAUACCGAAACGAUUUAAGGUUCCAGAAUUGUUUGAAAAUGAAGAAGAUAUUAGGAAAUUCUGUCUACAAAACGCGGAUAUAAUCUUCUGUACAGCCUCAGGUGCUGCAGAAAUGAAUGGUGAAAGGACAGGAAAUGUAGAAUUUCUUGUGGUUGACGAGGCGGCUCAGCUUAAGGAAUGUGAAUCAGUUGCUGCAUUGCAACUUCAGGGACUGCGUCAUGCUGUUCUACUAGGAGAUGAGUUUCAGUUACCUGCAAUGGUUCAUAACGAUGAAUGCGAAAAGGCGAAAUUCGGAAGAAGCUUGUUUGAGAGAUUGGUUACACUUGGUCAUAGCAAACACUUGCUUGAUGUUCAAUAUCGAAUGCACCCUUCGAUUAUUAGUUUCCCUAAUAAAGAGUUCUAUGGUGGGAGAAUCAAAGAUGCUGCUAAUGUUCAAGAAAGCAUUUACGAAAAGCGAUAUCUUCAAGGAAACAUGUUUGGCUCCUUCUCGUUUAUCAAUGUAGGUCAUGGAAAAGAAGAGUUUGGUGAUGGGCAUAGUCCCAAGAACAUGGUUGAAGUUGCUGUGAUUUCUGAAAUCCUAUCAAAUCUUUUCAAAGUUUCAAGUGAAAGAAAGAUUAAUAUGAGUGUUGGAGUGAUUACACCUUAUAAAGGACAAGUGAGAGCAAUCCAAGACAGAAUCAUAGAUAAGUACAGUUCCUUAUCAGGUGAGCUUUUCACAUUGAAUGUUCGGUCGGUAGAUGGGUUUCAAGGUGGUGAAGAAGAUGUUAUCAUCAUCUCCACCGUUAGAAGUAACUGUAACAGGAAGGUUGGAUUUCUCAGUAACCGUCAAAGAGCCAACGUGGCGCUCACUCGAGCUAGACACUGUUUAUGGGUGAUUGGAAAUGAGACAACACUAGCUCGGAGUGGUUCAAUUUGGGCGAAACUUGUAAGGGACUCGAAGAGACGUAAAUGCUUCUAUGAUGCUAAAGAUGAUAAGAGAUUGAGAGAUGCCAUGAAUGAUGCUUUGCUCAAGGUUGACAAGUCUGAUGUGUGUGCACGUUUAAGUAAUCUUUGGAUCAAAAAGAAAGGGAGAAAAUGAAUUAUUGGUACUUCAUUUAUGUCAUUCUUCUAUGUAAGUUUUUCCAACAUUCUUUUGUCUUUCGUGUUCUAUGUCAUUGCAUUUAUGGUAACAUUUGUGAUUAAUGGUUUGUGUUUUAAUGA